AUGUCAGUGAUUAAGCUGAGAAAUCGGUCAUGUGGACCGAACACUUUAUGCGAUAUUUUGUUGACCGCUGGACCAGGGCACUUACUAACAGUAUCUAUCGAAGCGUCACACGAAAGCCAAGACAGCAGCCAAAACGAUGGUUGGUUUUUUUACGAGGCUUCGAAGGAACUAACUGUUUUCGUCGUAUUUCUCGAGCCAGCACGAUCCAUCCAAAUGACCAACCUGGCUCGCGACAGGGACGUACGGAGCCGUUACUGGCGCCCACUCAAGGAUAUCGUUGAACAACGGGACGACAGGUGA